AUGAAAUCCAAUGGAGGAAAGGUUAAUUGGGAAGCAGUGUGUAAGCCUAAGGCUAAAGGGGGUCUGGGUCUGCCAAACCUAGAAAUUUCUAACCGUGCAGCUGUCCUUAGAUAUAUUUGGGAUCUUCACACUGAUAAUACAGAUAGAAUCUGGUUGAAUUGGUGUCGAAUUCACCUAAUCAAAGGUAAGAAUCUCUGGUCAUUGAAAAUUCCACACUCAUACUCUUGGAGUUGGAGGAAAAUUCUGCAACUCAGACACCAGGCAAGGCAUUUUAUCAAACAUCUUAUUGGGGAUGGGAAUGAUACCUCAUUUUGGUUGGAUAAUUGGUCCUCUGGAGGGCCUCUAUGCCUCCGAUUUUCUCCUUCCAUCCUCUCCUCAUCGGGUAUCCAUGAACACACAAAAGUUUCUCACUUUAUUGGCAACAACUCUUGGAGCUUUCCACCCCAUUUAUCCUUAGCUAUCCCUGAGCUCCUCUCCCUACAGCAACCUGUUCCUUUCAGGAAGGACAAAUUGAUUUGGUUGGUGUCUCCUUCUGGUUCAUUCAGCUUGAAGUAUACUAUUUUCCACCUAUCUCAUCAUGGUCCUGCAGUUCAUCCCGAGAAUGAGAUUUAUCAUAUGGUUGGCUGUUCAAGGCAGACUCCCAACUCUUGA